AUGGAUGCAUUGUCGCUUCUCAACUUCAAACACUCCGUCUCUUCAGACCCUUCAAAUCUUCUCUCCGGUUGGACAUACGGUUCAUCCUCCACAUUCUGCAGCUGGCAUGGUGUCACUUGCGGCGGAGGCGGAAGAGGAAACGGAAGAGUGGUUUCACUUAAUGUGACCGGUCUACGCGGCGGUGAACUGGCGUCUUCCAUCGGAGAGUUAUCCGAGCUUCGAGUUUUGUCGAUUCCUGAAAACAUCUUCUUUGGCGAAAUUCCGCUGAGUUUGAUGAAUCUCCGGGGACUUGAGGUUCUUGAGCUUCAAGGUAACAACUUUUCAGGAAAUGUGUCUUUACAGAUGAGUUAUUUUGAAUCGCUUAAACUUGUUAAUCUAUCUGGUAAUGCUUUUUCUGGUAGUAUUCCGAAUGGGUUUAUUUUUUCUAAGAAUAUGAAAAUUGUUGAUUUGUCUGAUAAUCAAUUUUCUGGUUCGAUUCCUGUGAAUGAUUCUGUUGGUUGUGAUUCUUUGAGGCAUUUGAAACUGUCUCAUAAUUUUUUGACUGGUGAGAUUCCUCCUCAAUUUGGGAAAUGUAGAAACUUGAGGACCCUUUUGGUUGAUGGGAAUAUAUUGGAAGGUAAAAUGCCUCUUGAGAUUGGGCUUGCGGUCGAACUUCGUGUUCUUGAUGUUUCGCGAAACAGUCUCACUGGGAGAAUCCCGAAACUGUUAGUUUUGUCGCUUUCGAGUUUGGAGAUUUUGUGGGCCCCGAGAGCGAAUCUUGGCGGACGGUUACCUGUUGAAUGGACAGAUUCGUCGUGCUCUCUUAGAAUACUCAAUUUGGCUGAGAAUUAUGUUACUGGUGUCGUGCCCGCGAGUUUAGGGAUGUGUCGGAAUUUGACUUUCUUGGACUUGAGUUCUAACAAUUUAGCGGGAUAUUUGGCGUUGGAUCAGCUCCGUGUUUCUUGUAUGAUGUAUUUCAACGUAAGCAGGAAUAAUAUCUCUGGCGUGCUGCCAGAUUUUCGGAAAGAAACGUGUCCAUCGAGUAAUGCCUUUGCUGCACUAGAACAUGUGUUUCUAGAAUCGGAAGGUUUGAAUGAUAAAUACUAUAACGUACGUGUUUUGAGAUUUCAAGAGAAUGCUUUUGUCGGAUUAGGUUUCGAAGAGACUUCUGUCGUUAUUCAUGAUUUCAGCUGGAACAGUUUCGUUGGAUCUUUACCGUUGUUCAUUAUUGGAGAUAAUCAUUUUACUGCAAAUCGUAACGUAUCGUACAUGCUGUCUCUGAAUAAUAAUAAAUUCCACGGAACUCUUCCGUAUCAGUUAGUUUCAAACUGUAAUGAACUCAAGACAUUAUCGGUUAACAUCAGUGUGAACCAACUCUACGGUCAGAUUUCUCAAGCAUUGUUUCUGAACUGCCAGCAGUUGAUAGAUUUUGACGCAGCAUACAAUCAAAUCGAUGGAUCAAUUGUACCUGAUAUAGGUCACUUGGCGUUACUUCGACGUCUUGAUUUGACAGAGAACAAAUUAUCAGGAGCGCUGCUGAAUCAGUUGGGAAAUCUACAAAACAUGAAAUGGUUGCUUCUAGGAGGAAACAAUUUAACAGGGGAAAUUCCUUACCAGCUUGGUAGAUUGACUUCCCUUGUUGUUUUGAACCUGUCUCACAAUUCUCUAAUCGGAACAAUUCCAGAAACUUUGUCGAAUACAACAAGUCUUGAAACUAUGUUGCUAGAUCACAACAACCUUUCUGGGGAAAUACCUUUAUAUGUUGCCGCUUUUUCCAAUCUUGUUCAAUUAGAUGUUUCUUUCAACAAUCUUUCCGGUCAUAUUCCUCGUCUUCAACACCCGAUUGAUUGUGAUUCAUUUAAAGGGAAUAAAUAUCUGCACUCUUGCCCUGAUCCAUACUUUGACUCGCCUGCUCCUACCCCAGUUCCUAUUGCAGACAAUAAUUCUGAGAGUCGUCGUAAAAGGAAGAAAACAAGAACCGUGGUUAUUGUGGUGGCCGCUUUUGCUUCUGCGGCUCUAUGCGCCCUUUUGGUAACAGUGUUGGUGAUUUGUUUUAGAAGGAGAAAAAUGACUCGGCGAAGCAGCAUUAGAAGGCGAGAAGUGGUGACUUUUCAAGCUGUUCCAAUUGAAUUGAGUUAUGAUAGUGUUGUCAGAGCUGCCGGGAAUUUCAGCAUCCGUUAUCUAAUCGGCGCUGGUGGGUUCGGGUCAACUUACAAGGCAGAGCUAUUUCCAGGUUUUUUUGUUGCCAUUAAGCGGCUUUUGAUAGGUAAAUUUCAAGGCAUACAACAGUUUGAAACGGAAAUCAGAACGCUCGGGAGAAUUCGACACAAGAAUCUCGUGACUCUAAUUGGCUAUUAUGUAGGAAAAUCUGAAAUGCUGUUGAUUUACAAUUACCUCUCUGGUGGAAACCUUGAAGCUUUCAUACAUAGUAGGUCAGGGAAAAACGUGCAGUGGCCGGUUAUUUACAAAAUAGCAAAAGGUAUUGCCUCAGCCCUUGCUUACCUUCAUUACUCUUGUGUUCCCCGCAUAGUUCACCGAGAUAUCAAACCUAGCAACAUUUUACUCGACGAGAACUUUAAUGCCUAUCUGUCUGAUUUUGGCUUGGCACGGCUGCUGGAGGUAUCCGAGACUCAUGCAACUACCGACGUGGCCGGCACGUUCGGUUACGUUGCACCUGAAUAUGCCACCACAUGUAGAGUUUCUGACAAAGCGGACGUUUAUAGCUACGGCGUUGUGCUGUUAGAAUUGAUAUCGGGAAGAAGGUCGCUCGAUCCGUCGUUCUCUAAUUACGGAAACGGAUUCAAUAUAGUACCGUGGGCGGAGCUUCUAAUGACCGAAGAUCGUUGUUCUGAGCUUUUUUCAUCUGCUUUGUGGGAAUCAGGACCAAGAGAAAAGUUGCUCGAGCUUUUAAAGAUCGCGUUAACUUGCACAGAAGAGACUCUUUCUAUUCGACCGUCGAUGAAGGAAGUUCUUGAAAAACUUAAACUGCUGAAAAGUUGA